UCUGUGGACUCUCACUGGCUACAUGAUCUCUUUAAUAGAAUCGACAAAGACAACAGUGGAAGCAUAUCGAACGAAGAACUUCAGCAAGCCCUGACUAACGGUUCUGGUACUACAUUCAAUGCAGAAACUAUCCGGCUUAUGAUUGGUAUGUUUGACAAAGACAACUCAGGGGAAAUAGAAUUCAGCGAGUUUUUGGCGCUCUGGAAGUACAUCAUGGACUGGGAGAGAACAUUCCGCUCUUAUGACAAAGACUGCUCCGGGACAAUAGAUAAAGACGAGCUUCGAGUUGCCUUUACAAGCUUUGGACAUAACUUCAGCGAAGAGAUGUUGGACAUGUUCGUCACCAAGUUUGAUCGGUCUGGACAAGGCGCCAUACGAUUCGAUGACUUUAUUCAGUGUUGUGUAGUGUUACAGAUCUUGACCAACGCAUUUAAAUACCACGACCAAAGCAUGAGAGGUGUCAUUACGUUACGAUAUGAAGAGUUCAUAAGAAUGAUCCUGAACCUUAACCUUGGAAAAUGGUGAACAUACCUCGAUCUUACUGAACAUAUUCUCGUGAAAACAAGUGAGGGAUACAUAAUCUUGUAUUUCAUAAAUAGAUGAGUCGCUCUCAAGUAAGCACCUUGCACAUAGAUGUUGAAGACCUUUAAGAUAGAAAGGAACAGUAGUUCAUAUUGUGAGUGCUUUUUAAACUGGAAAACUAGGGUUUGUUCAAGUGAGAACAAAACGUGCACGGACUUAUCCUAUCUAGUUUAGAGGAAACUCAAUUCAAGGUCAACCAAUCAGAAUUGAGGAUUGUUCAUUGUAUUUUGAUUAGCAAUUUCCCAUGAUUUUGCCAAGAGAAACCAUGAAAUAAAAAAUUCCUCCUUUUUUGAAA